CAGAAGCACGGAAGUGCGCCGCUGCAUUGAGAGCGACCUUUUGCUGUUCCGACCUCUAAGAAGAAAACAAGGCCCACUACCUUCGGCACAAACGGCAAACGGCGACGGCCUCAUUUUGAUUCGAGCGACCACAGAGCCAGCACCCCGGAGAAAUGAUUUCAAAAGCACUGGCCGUCCUGUGGAUAGCUGGCAUCGCCUCCGGCCAGGACGAUCUGCUCAGGGCGGAAACCGAAUUGUUGAGCUUCUCUCACAACCUAGAGCAGUAUCUCGACACCAGCAAGCAGCCCUGCCAGGACUUCUACGGUUAUGUCUGCUCGCACAGCGCCAACCUCAGCGAGACUGGCAGGCAGCGAUUCCAAGGCUUGCUUAAGGAGACGGACGUGGGGCAGCUGAUGGACAUGGAACUCCAGCUGAUUAACUUCUUCAAGUCCUGCGAGAGCGGGCGUGGCGUGGAGGCGCUCAAGGGGUCUCAGUUGUACAGGCAGAGUGGGGGCUGGCCUGUCUUGGAACCGAACAAGGUCAAUGCCAGUCAGCGGACCAACCAAACCCAAAGCUGGCUGAGAGUUCUUGGGUACUUCCACGAGGUGGGUGCGCCCUAUUUCUUCGAGACGUCGGUCACCAUGCAGUCCAACAAGCGACUUGUGGUACUGCAACCCGACUCCACGCGCCGGAACACUCUAAGAAAAUUCGAGCAGCGGGUGGGCGAAGUCCUGCAAAGCUUCGGGAUAGAACAGAGCCGCGCCCACGUGACCGCCCUCGAAGUGCUCAGCUUGGAGCGCAAUAGACGGGACAUUGUUAAGGCGGAUCACAUCGAGGAUCAAGUGGAGUUUACCUAUGGAAACUUUAAGCGCACCGUCUUCGGAAACUCCUCGGUGAUCAGACUGGACUGGGAUGGCUACUUCCGUAAGUUGCUAGGCGGCAAAACGCCACAAGCCAGCGACACCAUUGUGGUCAAACAACUGCCCAGACUGGUUGAGUACUUCACGCUGCUCCAAAACACAAGCAUGGUUCGUCUUCUUAAUUGGAUAUGGACGGACUACUUGAUGGACAUCGUGGAUUCAGACUGCCACCAGUUAGCGGAGACCUACGCCGGGGACCUUUACGCCCACAUGGUGCAACGUGUUACGGCAAAUCGCGUCGAACUGGCCCAAAUGUACUUGGCGCUGGGAAAGGCCUUCACGGACCAGCUAGGCGGCAGUGUGUGGAUCGAUGAGAUCUCGAGGCAGAGCUCGAGGCAGUUUUUGGGUAACAUAAUGCACACUACGCUGUACGGAGAUGAGCGGUUGGACGCGGCAUACCACUCGAUUUUGUUGGGUCGGCGGAGCCUCUACCGCAACCUGGAGAAGCUGCGCAAGAUUCAGCGCACGCGACGUUCGGUCUCCCAGUCCGCCGAGCAGGUGCGUCGCUACGCCCAGGUGUUCGCUCCAGUAAAUGCGUUCCUAGGGCAGCACAACCUAAGCACGCCGCUCAACUACCUCCUACUGGGGGAGUUCUUCUCGCGAAGCCUUGUAGCCGCAGGCAGCAGCUCCCGUACGCAAGGAGCCUGGCGGAGCUCGGACUCCGAGAGGCGCUUUGCCAUCUUCCAACAGUGCGUAGGCGGACAGACGAACGCCAUUGAUCUGCUUCUGGGCCUGUUCGCCCAAAGGCAAGCGCUAAGUGGUUACGGCCAGUGGCUCGCCACCCGGGCGGAACUAGUGGAGAGAGUCGACGCGGUUCUGGCCGCCGGUCGCUCGAAGAUGUCCCUAAAGGGGCUCUUUUUCGUUACCAGCCUGCUCGUGGACUGCCGCUCCGAGCUGGGCGCCCUGCAGCAGGACCGUAAGCGGCAGGUGACUCACGCCACACUGCGCAACUCGCCGGAGUUCCUGGAGGCCUUUAAGUGCCGUCCUGGAGAUGUCCUCUACCCUCAGGGCCAGCGCUGCAAUCCCCUUUAGGGUCGGACCUUGAACUUUUAGCUGCUGCUGCCACCGGUGGUGUUAAAAAUCAAUAGGACGUGCCUACAACAACUGGAGGGCUUCUAAGGCCGCGACCAACCCCCAAUUGAUUGAUUUUUCCCGUCACAGUUUGCACAGUUUCAUGGAUCGCCAUAUGCUUACGGAAUGGUUACGUUACGUGAAAAAUAAAUGAUGUUCGCUUGGAAAGACUUA